UUACAGGUACUGGCCAACUGAGGCCAUUCACGAACGCGUUUACACCUGAAUUUGUGCGUAAGGGGAUAGCCCUCACAGGCCCCGUUUUCCGCGUUUUUAUUUAUUUAUUUAUUUCCGUGUAAACUGCCGUCUUGAUAUAAAAACAUUGAUGGUGGAUAAUUUAGCCCAGCGUUGAGGGUUCCGGGGAGAAUAAAGGAUUUUAAAGUCUUCUCGCACUUCAGUCUAAAUCCAGAGACAUGGCUCGACCACGGCCGCGGGAAUACAAGGCAGGAGAUGUGGUUUUCGCUAAGAUGAAGGGAUACCCGCACUGGCCAGCGAGGAUUGAUGAGCUUCCAGAGGGAGCUGUCAAACCACCUGCCAACAAGUAUCCCAUCUUCUUCUUUGGGACCCACGAAACUGCAUUUUUAGGCACCAAGGAUCUUCUGCCGUACAAGGAGUAUAAGGACAAAUUUGGCAAGUCCAACAAGAGGAAAGGCUUCAAUGAGGGCCUGUGGGAGAUCGAGAACAACCCCAGAGUCAAGUUCACAGGCUAUCAGGCCAUCCAGCAACAGAAUUCAUCUGAGACAGAAGAGGGGGGGAACACUGCUGAUGGCAGCAGUGAGGGCGAGGAGGGUGACUCUGUUGAGGAGGAAGAUGACAAGGAAAAGCUGAAGGGAGAUAAGACAGGAUCCAAACGGAAAAAAACUGCCCCCUCCAAGUCCUCCAAGCUGUCAAGGAUCUCAUCUGCAGAGGAUGACCUGCAGAAGGACAGGAAAGAUGAAGACCAGAAGAGCGGCUCAGAGGGAGAAGACCCUGACAACGACAUCAUCCAAAAUACCACAGACAGUAAGAACGUGCUGCUCAUAGAAGAACAUUAAGAAAGGAAAGCAUGAAAGGGAAAUCAUUCUUUGUAGCUGUAAUGUUGGAAAGGUGAACCAACAAGAUGAUUUCUCAUCAACACCAUCUACUGACUGCCAUUGCCACCUCCUCUUCUUUGUUGGACUUAGUAUGUGUUUAUAUGAAAGAUGCACCCUGAUACUGGUACCAGUUAUCACACAGAUACCAGUCAAACUGGGAAGUAAUUGAAGUAACUGGGGACAACUUCUUCUAACGUAAAAAUCAACAGAAUAAAAACAGAAAUGCCUCCAUACUGCUCCUGUGAUGUCCAUAGGCCCACAUUCAAAUUUGAAUGUCGGGGUUCACAGGCACUUGGAUGACACCACAGGAGCAGUAUGGCAGCUUUUUCUGUUCUUGUUUUACGUUUGAAGAAGUAGUCAGUAGUUACUUCAAUGGUAUUGGAUAUGGCUGCAACGCUGUUUACCACUGAAAAUCCCAAAGUGUUUUGUGGACUCAAACACUUCACCCACCCCUCCAUCCGCAAAGUGGUGAGAAGAUAAUGAGUGGAUUUAAAUUUUUCGGUGAACGAUCCCUUUAAGGGCCAUUUACAUUAUUAUAACAUCCUAUGAGUGCAAUGCUAAACUAUUUAGCUUUUUUGGUGAAACAUUAAAUGACUGUGAUGAUGAUGAUCCACAGCAUCAACAAGGCUCAUUCACAAGUUCUGCUUUUGUAUAGGGUUUCAACUUCUUAGCGAUUAGAUCUCUCACCACAAAAUAUGCCUGUAUACGUGAUAGCUGCUUUUUCGGUAUUAAAUUUUACAUAACAGCAUUUAUUCUACUUUAAAUUAUGCAGUUCAGCUGCAUGUUUCUAGCUAAAAUCAUCCUGAAGUUGUUCAUACAGUCAUGAUGCACCACCCUAAAGGACAGGUCAGUCUACUGUUUUAUAUCAUUUUCUUUAAUCACAGAAAAAAAUCAUUGCUAUAAUUAUUUUUUUUUGUAUUACUGAUUAUUUAUUUUGUUUCCCACCCCUGUGGCUCAGUGUGUAGAAUUUAGUGACAUCUAGUGGUAAAGUUGCAUGUUGCAGCUGAAUACCCCUCACCUCACCCUCCCCUUCCAAACAUGAAAGAGAACCUGUGGGAGCCUUCUAACUCAAAAGGUGUUUAUUUUGUCUAGUUUGUGAUACUGUAAAAAGCCUGGUGGCCUCCAUAGAGAGGACCAAUCCAAUGUAAAUAUAAAUAAGUUAAAUAUAAAGGGCCUAUUCUGUUGUAAAUAUAACAAAAAUUAGUACAAUUUAGAUUAAACAAACUAGUGAAAACAACACUAGGAUUAUUUUAUUUUCAAUUUCUGCCAAUUGAUCCUUUUCAACAAAAACAUACACACUGAACCUAGGAUUACUUGAAAUGUGUAUUAGCAAAAAUUGGAUGGUAUGCUAACCUAUGUCAAUAAAUACUGACGGUAACACAGCUCUGAUAGCUUGAGACUAAUACAAUGUUUGUCUAUUUAGAAAAUUCUCCUUAUUAACUCUAACUUAAAAUUAUAACAUUGUGGUAAUGCAGUUAUAUUUCUAAGACAAUAUUUGGCCUCUUGCAUAAGUAAAGUCAAUAAAUCUCCAACAUUCACUAACUAAAUGUGAGUUAAUUUAACCUAAUCUAUUAUUAUAGCAUAAUGAAUCUGCAUGUCAUAUGUAGGUAGGUCAGAUAUAAGGAGGUUGAGGUUGUUCAUCUUCUUUCCAUUGCUCCAUUAAAUCACACAAUGUAGAUAGCCAUCAGUCAAUAUUUAUACUGGUGCAUAACUGUCUGUAUUGUAUCCCUAAUGGUCACCUGUCACUGUCUACAAAAGCAUUUGGUAAGACUUCCAUAUAUAAAUAUAUAGAUAUAUACGCAUCUACUGUCUAUGAUAUAUGUUGGGAAUUGCGGUUUACUGAUCAAUCUAGAUGUAGCUGGAAAUAGAUUUUUUACAUCAGUGUCAUGGGAUAGUCUUCUGGAAUAGUAAAUAAUGGUUAAACAUUAUCUAUCACAAUAUACUACUCUUUUAUGUACCCAGGAAAAUAUGAAUGGAAAUACAUGGAUAGAUGUAUGAAUUGUUGUGCACAACUGGGUUACACAUUGUAACUCAAUAUUAACUAUAUAUGUAUAUUUAACUUUUGUUGUAGAAUAGGCCCACUAUUCUGCUGGGACUGCGCUAGGUAACAGCUCAUCUUUUUAUGGAACAAGUGACACAUCUGUUCUUCUGUGUAUCUGUGGAAUAGAUCACUGUGUAUUUCAAAGCUUUUGUAGUGGCAUGCUCUGCUGUUGUACUCCACAUCAUUCUUUUAUGAAAGUGUCUAAAUCUGAUAUUUGUUGGUAUGUGAUUUACUUGGAGGUAAAAAAAACACAAUCCACAUUUUUCUGUUGCCUGGUCUCAGUUUUUAAAGCUGACAGCUGACAACUGAACCACAGUUGUGAAAAGGAUUUUUCUAUCCCAAACAUUGUGAACAACAUGCUGUGUGAUACUGCAUUGUGUAGUUGCCAAGCCUGUUAGAUUGAUGACACCAGUCUACUUUGACUUUCACCCUGUGCCAGUUGCCUUUAUUUUACUCCAACUAUUGCGAUUAGAUAUAGAUUUAUUUAUUUUUGAUGACUGUUGAAUGAGAAAACUUCUGUAUGUAAACUCAUGUUUUUUAUUCCCUUUAAACCUUCGUUAUGCUCCUUUUUGGAACAUGUUUUGCAUUUUCAAGGUUUGUAAUUUGCAGUAAACUGUUUUGCUGUUUA